GAAAUUCUAUGAAGGAGGAUAAAGAAAGCAAUGUUUACGAAGCGAAGUGAGAGGCAGGAAUAUAUAAGAGGGCGAGCGAGCGGGAGCAUCAUCACUACACAACCAUGAAGCUCAUGAUAAUUACUUCGGUGUUGGUGGCUGCUAUCCACGCUUCCCCUCAAGGUUAUGGGUCAGGUGGCGGGGGAUUCUCUGGUGGUGGCGGAGGAUUCUCUGGUGGUGGCGGAGGAUUCUCUGGUGGUGGCGGAGGAUUCUCUGGUGGAGGAUUCUCAGGUGGAUCAGGAUUCUCUGGCGGCGGCGGCGGCGGGGGCGGCGGCGGCGGUGGUGGUGGCUACGGUGGUGGAGGCAGCAGCUGUGGUUCCGGACAGAUCCGUCAUGUUGAUGGUAGUUGUGUGACUCCUAUUGUCACUCGCAACUUGUAUGUUUACAGUGCUCCUGCCGCGCCUCCGGUCGUUGGCCCACGACCCUAUGUUCCUCCACCAAGAGUUGAACACAACAUUUUGUUCAUUCGUACCCCUGAGGGAGGCCCAGGCCAGGAGCCCAUUGUCAUACCGCCACCACAACAGAAAAAUGUCGUGUACGUCCUCAACAGGCGACCCCAGCAAGACCAGAAGGUCAUCCAAAUACCAGCACCAGAGCCAGAGAAUCCUCAAGUGUUCUUCGUCAACUACGGUGAAGGUGACAACCCAACUCUGCCUACUGGUGGAGACCUUCAGUCUGCCCUCAGCUCCGCAGCCCAAGGUGGCGGUGAAGUUAUUGGGGGCGGCGGCGGUGGCUUUGGUGGUGGCGCUGGAUUUGGCGGUGGAGCUGGAUUUGGCGGUGGCGCUGGAUUUGGUGGUGGCGCUGGAUUUGGCGGUGGCGCUGGAUUUGGCGGUGGCGCUGGAUUUGGCGGUGGUGGUGGUGGUGGUGGCGGCUAUGGCGGUGGCGGUGGCGGUGGUGGCGGUGGCGGUGGCGGUGGUGGCGGUGGUGGAUCUUCAGGAGGCUCCAUUGGUGGGGGUUACUCUGCUCCUUCACCUCCUGCCCCGUCACCUCUCUACAGACAGCCAUAAUCAGAAAUUACACAUGAAGAAACAGUUUAGGAGGUUCACAUAGAAGAAUAAAAGUCACAGUACCGUGGCUCAAACCAUUCACAAAUGCCACAUACUUGCAAGAGGAAACUUAUGACGACGUUUCGGUUGUGACUUAACAACGGCCCAAGUUAAACCGAAAUAUGAUAAUUUUACUCUGUAAGUGCGGGUUACUUGUGAAGAGGUAGACUUGUUAUUGUUUCUGUUAGACAUAGUGUUGUUAUACCAUCAACACAAACUGUACCUCAACAUCAGAAUUUGUGUUCCUCGUACUGUAUAAGAGUUAUUU